AUGUUUGCUUUGCAAUCUAUUGCAACCAAAACCGGUGGAAAUUGGAAGCAUCUGAUGGGUGAGGAAGUUUGGUUUGUUCCUCCACCUCCUGGAGUGAAGUACCGUGCCACAAUGGUGCGUUCACGCCAUGCGUCGAGAGGUGCCGAAAGGUUUCUCACCCUACGGCGAUUUGCCUCGGCAGAGGCGGUUGCAGAAAGCUGUCGGGCAGAAGGGCGGGAGCUGUGGGUCUCGUACUGCCCUCCAAUCAGGCAUCCUGAAGCUGAAGCGCCCGCUGACAAAAAUCCUGAAGCAAUUCCGCUUGUUGCAGGGUCAGUACCAUCUCCUCUUCCUUCACUUGCGCUGGUCCUCGGAACAGAGGGAGAUGGCAUUUCCACUACCAUGCUGGACCUGUCAACUCGUGCAGUAUUCUUGCCUAUGUAUGGCUUUGUGCAGUCACUCAAUGUAGCAGUUGCCUGCGGAAUGCUGCUUCAGCGUCUCUUUGACUUAUGUCCUCAAGCUCGCGGGGACCUCAGCCAAGCAGCCCGAGAAAAUCUUGCGCUAUCUGCAAGGACAUUGAGACACAAGAAGGAUGUGGCCGAUGUGGCUCAUUCGGAUGAGUUCGACGUCUCACUUGACUUUGGCCUCACCGAGCAACAAGAAAGCGCAAAAAAGGGCUCGCAGGGCUUUGCCAUGCUUCGCCCAUACAUGGCAGUUGAGUACUCGCCCAGGGUAUUGGGGGUGCUGGAAUCUCCAAUCGCGAAUACUGCAGUCUCCCGUGAGGGAGAUGACGAAAAGGACCUUGGGCGAUUGAACAAACGAUUGAGUUCAGCCACAGCUUCCACCCCUGCCGAUCGCGUUGCCGAGCUGGACGGGCAGAUCAAGCUGGUUGUCGGACUUAGAGAAGAGGUGGAACGGGGGCUCAGCCAACUUGAGGAGGCCAGCGAAGCUCUUGCAAACGUGGCUGCAACAAGCGCCCAAGCUGCCCAAGCUGCUCAAUUUCGAGAGACUCAGCAGGAGAUGCUUCGAGACUUUAAACGAGUGGCGCAAAGCAUCGACCACCAGUACCAGCAUGCAAGGCUUCUUCCGCAUUCCAAGCCACACAAGUCUGUUGAUCCAGAAGAUGGUCUUCUAAGGGAACGUAUGGGCCUCAACUCAUCCUUAUCAAUGGCAGAUGAAAUCAUCGGCCAAGCCACCACCACCAGAGACAUGUUGAUGAACCAACGGAGCGUGCUGAACAGCGUGCACUCCAGAGUUGGAACUUUGAGUUCCAUGUUUCCGGGAAUAAACACUUUGAUUGACAAAAUCUCGGACAGACAAAACAAGGAAAGGGUUGUGCUGUCCAUCACUAUUGCGUCUUGCUGUUUCUUCACGAUUUGGUACAAAUUUCUCUGA